CCUGUAAGUCACGUCAGUUGCGCGGGAUGGGUGUGUCGAUGAGCGUCACGGAAGCCCCGGUGGCAGUGGGAAAUGAAUAAAUCCCAGCCCGCGGUCAUAAUGGGCAAGAGUUUAACUGGAAUUCAUGCGUGGUGCUCCUGCUUCAAGAGUUCAUACUCCGGACACUACAGAAGUCGCUUGUAGUCCAUGUGAAAGCGGAGUUUGGUGUUGUAAGGUGAAUUGAUUCUCUGGAGUAUUGGAGCUGCAGUGUUUCCUUCAUAGGUGUUCAUCUCCAAGCAAAGGACCUCAAGCAAGACCAAGAGAAUGUUCGAUAUAUUAUUUGUGAUGAUCUUUGGACUGUCAGGGCGUGUUCUAACUAAAGACACAGACACAAAAGGGAGGUUCAGUUCUCCAGUGUUGGAUGUUACUGAGAAGCAGCUUAUUAUAGAAAGAAAUCAGACACUUCAGCUAAACUGCAGGGGACGGUGGGAGCUCCAGUGGGUUUUGCCAUCCGAUGUUCCGAAAGUAUACCACGGCACACAGAUAGAGGAGACUCAAUGCGGGAGAAAAAAUAACCAGUACUGUAGCCGCCUGACGCUCAGUCCUGCUUUAGCCCAACACACUGGCUCUUACCGCUGCCGGUACCGCCAAAAACAGCGCAAACAGGCCUCGGUGUAUGUCUACAUAACAGAUAGCCAGCGGCCGUUUGUGAAGAUGCAGUCGGAGAUCCCUGAUGUGGUGUACAUGAAGGAGGGAGAGCCAUUGGUCUUCCCCUGCAGAGUCACACACCCAGAUGCCAAAGUCACGUUGGUCAAAUUUCCUUUGCACGUGUUAGCUCCCGAUUAUAGAAACAUCAUCUGGAACAGCAGGCAAGGCUUCACUAUCCGUAGUCCAACAUACUUCUACAUUGGGCUGUUUUCCUGUGAGACUCUCGUCAAUGGAGUCAAAUACAGCAACAAGUUCUUGACUCACAGGCCAGUAAAUAAAAUCCUGGACGUGUAUUUAAACAGCACGGGUUUGGUCCACACGUUACAAGGCGAGAUGUUAGCACUGAACUGCACUGUUACAGCUGAAUGGAACUCCAGGGUGUCCAUUACCUGGACUUACCCACAAAAGGCUAAUGGAUCAGCCACUAUCAGCAGGCGCAUAUCCAGGAGCAGAACCAACAUGCUGUUCUACAGUGUUCUCACCAUCCCCAGACUGAGCAAAGCAGACAGAGGACUCUACAAAUGUCAUGUGACAAGUGGUCCAUCUAAGCGAGACACAAAUACCACAGUUAUUGUCUAUGACCAUCCUUUUAUUCGACUCAAGCACAGAAAUGGCCCUGUGGUUCAGGCUUUUGCAGGACAGAAAUCUUUCCGUCUUACUCCAAAACUAAGGGCUUUCCCUGCACCUGAAGUCAUAUGGUUGAAGGAUGGGACGGUCGCAGCCGAGCGGUGCUCCCGUUACCAUGUAGACGGGUCUUCCCUGGUUAUUCGGGAUGUUGCCGAAGAGGACGCAGGAAUCUACACCAUUCUUACUGGGAUCCAGCAGUAUGGACUUUUCCAGAACCUCACACUCACAUUGGUGGUAAAUGUGAAGCCACAAAUUGGAGAGAAGACAGUUUCCUCUGAACCCGGGACAGUCCAGCGAGGCAGCAGACAAGCCCUGCACUGCACCUCUCACGGUGUCCCACCACCUCAAAUCCAAUGGCUCUGGCAUCCGUGCCCUCCGAAAGGCCUAUGUGAGAAGCCUCCUCCUUCCUCCUGGACUGCAGUCAGAGAGAAGACAGAAGUCACGUCCACCCACAAUCCCAUCUUGACCAUCAGCCACAGACAGGAAGUGUUAGAAGGGAAGAAUAAGACUGUAGGAGUUCUGACAGUUGGUGAGGCAUUGGUCUCUGGUAUCUAUCGGUGUGUUGCAUCAAACUUAAUGGGCAGAGAUGAACUAGACAUCCAUUUCUAUGUCACAGAUGUCAAAGGAGGCCUUAUCGCAUCUUUAGAGGAAGAGCCCAGAGAGGGCAGGGUUCGUCUUGUCUGUAUCGCCAAUAGGCAUCUCUAUUCAGACCUGUCAUGGUAUAGAAUAACGAAUCAGUCCACGGUAUCAGAGGGAGCUUCAGUUCUCGGCGGGGAGCUCACAGAGGGGCACUUCUCUCACACCCUGCACCUUCUGCUGAAGAAUGUGACUGCACAGGAUUCAGGAACAUACCGCUGCUCCACCACACACCUGCUUACAGGAGAACGUACACACCUAGAUACAGCAGUGGAGGUCACAGUUCUGCAGGCGCCAGUGCUGCUGCGAAAUCUCAGCGAUCACAGUGUUAAUGUAAGCAGCUCGGUCACUCUCCACUGCCCCGCUCGGGGAAUUCCACACCCCCAGAUCACAUGGUAUAAGGACCGAAGGAAGCUCCAGCAGGUGUCUGGAAUUAUGCUGCUUCCUGAGAAAGGGGCUUUACAUAUCGACCGAAUUACAGUUGAAGACCAGGGACUUUAUACCUGUGAGGCCACCAAUGAGAGGGGGUCUGUGGGGAGCUCCGCCCACAUUUGGGUUCAAAGUUCAUCUGAAUUCCUUUCUCUGGAGAUCCCGACUUUAGCAUGUACGUGUGUUGUGGCCACUCUCUUCUGGCUGCUUCUCACACUGCUGAUUCGGAAACUCAAACAGCCAAACUCCACUGAUGGCAAAGCAGAGUACCUGCCAAUCAUCCUGCACCCAGGGGAGGAGCCUCUGCUUGAGCACUGUGACAGGUUACAGUAUGACCCCGCCCAGUGGGAGUUUCCACGUGACCGCCUUAAACUAGAAAAGCCCCUGGGGCGAGGGGCAUUCGGGCGAGUAAUGCAAGCCUCAGCUUUUGGCAUUUGCAAUUCAGCCAGCUGCACCACAGUGGCCGUCAAAAUGCUUAAAGAUGGCGCUACGCCCAGUGAACACAAGGCUCUGAUGACUGAACUGAAGAUCCUCAAUCAUAUUGGUCAUCACCUCAAUGUGGUCAAUCUUCUCGGUGCAUGCACCAAAGCAGGAGGGCCUCUGAUGGUCAUAGUUGAAUACUGCAAGUUUGGCAACCUGUCUGCAUAUCUUAAGAGCAAACGAGAGGUGUUUCUUUUAAAUAGGGUAAACAGAGAAGAGGAGGAAAGCAUGAAGGAGGGAUGUAAAGGACGACUGGCCAGUGUGUCCAGCAGCCAGAGCAAUGCCAGUUCAGGGUUUAGUGAGGAGAGAGCAGAGAUCUCAGAGGAGGACAGUGCUUCUCUUCCUGAAUCCAUCAGUCCUCUGCUGCUUGAAGACCUGAUUUCUUACAGCUUUCAGGUAGCCAGAGGUAUGGAGUUUCUCGCCUCUCGCAAGUGCAUUCAUCGUGACCUUGCUGCCAGAAACAUCCUGUUGUCCAACAACAAUGUGGUGAAGAUCUGUGAUUUUGGCUUGGCCCGAGAUGUAUACAAAGACCCAGACUAUGUGCGCAAAGGAGAUGCACGGUUACCACUGAAGUGGAUGGCCCCUGAAUCGAUCUUCGACAAAGUCUUCACCACUCAGAGUGACGUGUGGUCAUAUGGAGUUCUGCUCUGGGAGAUCUUCUCACUUGGAGCGUCUCCGUACCCGGGGCUGAACAUUGAUGAGGAGUUUUGUCACAGACUGAAGGAAGGGACUCGGAUGUGUCCUCCUGAGUACAGCACCCCGGAGAUUUAUAGUAUCAUGUGGGCAUGCUGGGAAAAGAACCCAGAGGACAGACCUUCUUUCACUGCUCUAGUGAAGAUACUGGGAGACCUCCUGCAGACUUGCGUCCAACAGGACGGAAAGGAUUAUAUUCCACUAAACACUUUUAUUUCUGGAGAAGGAAAUACCGUCACGCCGCACCUCGACCAGAAAGACAUAAGCCAGAAAACACUGGGAACUUUAAGCUACAUCAACUCUGGGAAAAUCAAAGCCAUCAACACUUUUGAGGAUCUACACCAAGAAAUCCCUGAUUCUGACAGUGGAAUGGUUCUUCCUUCUGAAGAGUUGAUUCAGGUGAAAUGGACGGACAGAUUCAAAACCAAGAAAAUCACCAAGUUAUUCUCCAAAUAUCAAAACCAGCGCGUGAUGCUGCCGGCAAAAGUGCUGCCUUGUAUGAAUAGCGCCCCCUGUUGCCAUCAUAGGGAGGUGCUGCUCUCCCCCUCCAGAUGAAGCUGCUACCCUUGUUUUUAACACUCACGUCAGACAACCUGCCUGUAAACACUAGUGAACAUCCGUUACCACUCUUAAAAAGCACUGUUUAUCUGGA